GCACUACCUGACAUGCGAGAUAAGUGAUGGUGCGGGGAGAUCUGGUGGAAGAGGAAGGUUUCCGCGAACGCUCCAUACUAUUGUUCGGCCUUCCGAUUGGCCAGACCCGUGCACGGGGAACAGACCUUGACGACGCACCUUUUUAUGCCGAAUACUUGUAUUUCCCCAAGCACAAACUGUGUAGUUGAGGACCGCUAUCUACUCUCUCGCUCCCAUUGUCAGCCAUGGGACCAUUUCAAGGCAGAGUAUACGCUGUGACUGGUGCUUCUUCAGGCAUGGGCCUUGCAACCGCAAAGCUUCUAGCCUCCUGUGGUGCUUCUGUUUCAUUGGCUGACAUCAACGAAGCUGGUCUGAAAUCUGCUAUUGUGUCGCUCAAUGAGUUUCAGGAACACAUGUACACUGUCGUGGAUGUAUGCGGUGGCGAACAGGUUAAUGCAUGGAUCAAGUCUACUGUUGACAAAUACGGAAAGCUUGAUGGCGCCGUCAAUAUGGCUGGCGUUAUAACCAAAGCCACGCCAGUCAAGGAUUUGACGGACGCUGACUGGGAUUUCUCUUUCGCAGUCAACGCCAAGGGCGUGUUCAAUUGUCUGCGGGCGCAGCUGAACGCUACGCGGGAUGGCGGCAGUAUAGUUUGUGCUGCUAGUGUUUUUGGACAGUUCGGUGCGCCCGGUAACGCCGCAUACUGUGCCACUAAGGCAACCGUGAUAGGCUUGUCUCGCACAGCGGCCAAGGAAAAUCAAAAGAUCAGAAUCAACUGUGUGUCGCCAGGUUCUGUAAACACACCAAUGUCUCAGGGUGAAGAUCCUGAGGAUGUAAAGCGAGGGCUACAGGUCACAGCUCAGAAGAGACGGGCGGAACCAGUGGAAGUCGCCAACGUGAUCGUAUUUCUCCUUAGCGAUGAGGCUUCUUUCGUUACGGGAGCUGUUUACAACGUUGAUGGUGGUUGGGUGUGCUGAGUGUUGUACAUAAAGGCGGAGAUCAAGAGGCAUCGAGGGUGCAGGCUUGCACGUCGAUCAACUCGC